UUUGGCUCUUCAAGCCGUGACCCAAGUGCUUCGGCGCCUUCUGGCUUCCGAGGCCUUUCGACUUGAACCUGUCUGCCACGCCCCACUUCUGAAUGGCCAGGAUUCCCGUCCCUUCCAAUCCAGGCUCUGCUUAGAACUCUCUUGGGCGGAGAGAUCCUUGUUGAUACCCCCUCAAGGCUCGGCUCAACCCCCACGAGCUGGGUUUCCUAGAACGUUUGCCCUUGAGUAUUGUUUUUGCCAGGUCUUUUGUGCUUUCCUUCCUCUCAGAUGGUCCCCAGGACCAGAUCAGACCAUUUAGUCUCUAACCCAGUGAAGGAAGAAGGCUGGACUAUCCAGAGCAGCCGCUUGUUGGUAGAUCUAGGGUAACAGUGAAACUCUUAAUCUCUAAGGAGAAAACUCUGAAUCUGGGCUCUGCUGCCGCCUAUAGAUGAUUGGAACACAGGAAGCUUCUCUGUGCUCAGCACACCCCAGCCUGAGGGAGAAGCAGGGGCCCGCAGGAUUUCUAAGGGAGCUGGGAAGUCAGAUUCUUUUGGAGCUUUCUGGGCAGCUGGAGUGUGCGUUGGGGGUAGGGGUGGGGCAGUUCAGUUUGGGAUGAACAAGAGUGGAUCUGUGUGUAGGACCAUUGGUCACCUGAGAUUGUAUGUUUGGGGUUGGAAGUUUUAGUUUUUUUCACUAGUUCCAGCCUGCCCUGGAACUAGUGAGAAAAGUUUGGGGUUGGCCACAAUCCCUGCUGCUAUCUCACUGUAGCUAAUCUUGAUAAUCAUCUCCUAGAAAAAGCUGAGCUGUUGGCCAAGUUCUCAGAGAAGCUUCAUAAGAAGCCAAAUGAUGUUACUUCUGCCACCCAUCAGAGCUUCUGGGAGGAGUCAGGGCCUGACUCAGACCAAAGCUCACCACCAGGCACUCUGAGGGUGAAGUGGCAGGAGGAGGAGGAGGAGGGGCUCCGCUUGGACUGUGGUGAGAUGGCCUACCAGGUGGUGAAGAAGAGUGCAGCCUUGGAUGCCCUGCAGUCGGAGCUGGAGGAGCGGCAAAGCAGGCUGGCGGCUGUGGAGGCCCGCGUGGCGCAGCUGCGGGAGGCGAGGGCGCAGCAGGUCAGCCUCGUAGAGGAGCUACAGAAGCAGAAUGCGGCGCAGCGGAAGGCCUACGAGGUGCUGCGUGUGCACACUGGGCACCAAGAGGCGGCACUGCGCAGGCUCCAGGAGGAGGCGCUCAAUCUGCUGGAGCAGCUCUUGCAACGCAAGGAGCGCGCCGCAGCGGAGUGCAACUUGCGCAACGAGCGCCGAGAGCGGGCCAAUCAGGCGCGGGUGUCGCAGGAACUAAAGAAGGCUGCCAAACGGACUGUGAGCAUCAGCGAGAUUCCACACACUCUACAUGAUGGGAUCAGAGAGCAGACAGAGACUCUGGCUCUGGCUAUUAAGCCUGAGUCCCUGGAGAGUGAGGCUUGUGGGAAGUGGAAAAGGCCUUUCAGGUCUGCCUCAGCCACCUCUCUGACUCUGUCCCACUGUGUGGAUGUGGUGAAGGGGCUGCUAGAUUUCAAGAAGAGGAGAGGUCACUCAAUUGGGGGUGCCCCUGAGCAGCGAUACCAGAGCAUCCCUGUGUGUGUGGCUGCCCGACUUCCUACUUGGGCUCAAGAUGUCCUGGAUGCCCACCUUUCUGAGGUCAAUGCUGUAUGUUUUGGCCCUAACAGCAGUCUCCUGGCCACUGGUGGGGCUGACUGUCUUAUCCACCUCUGGAAUGUGGUGGGAGGUCGUCUGGAGGCCAACCAGACCCUUGAGGGAGCUGGUGGCAGCAUCACCAGUGUGGACUUCGACCCCUCGGGCUCCCAGGUUUUGGCAGCUACUUACAAUCAGGCUGCCCAGCUCUGGAAGGUGGGAGAGGCACGGUCCAAGGAAACACUGUCUGGACACAAGGACAAGGUGACAGCUGCCAAAUUCAAGCUAACAAGACACCAGGCGGUGACUGGGAGCAGAGACCGGACAGUGAAGGAGUGGGACCUUGGCCGUGCCUACUGUUCCAGAACUAUCAAUGUCCUUUCCUAUUGUAACGACGUGGUGUGCGGGGACCACAUCAUCAUUAGUGGCCACAAUGACCAGAAGAUCCGGUUCUGGGAUAGCAGAGAUUGGACCCAGUGGUUCACUACCACUGAGCUACAUCUCCAACCCUUCUUACUUUUUAUUUUGAGACUGAGUGUUGCUAAGUUGCCCAGGCUGGGAUCUUCCUGCCACAGGCUCCUGUGUAGCUGCAGUUAUAGGGGUCCCCGCUGCACCCAGGUCAUUCCUGUGCAGGGCCGGGUCACCUCCCUGAGCCUCAGCCAUGACCAGCUGCACCUGCUCAUCUGCUCCAGAGAUAAUACACUCAAGGUCAUUGACCUCCGGGUCAGCAAUAUCCGCCAGGUGUUCAGGGCUGAUGGCUUCAAAUGUGGUUCCGACUGGACCAAAGCUGUGUUCAGCCCUGACAGAAGCUAUGCACUGGCAGGCUCCUCGAAUGGAGCCCUUUUCAUCUGGGAUGUUGACACUGGGAAACUGGAGAGCAGCCUUCAGGGCCCCCACUGUGCUGCUAUCAACGCUGUGGCCUGGUGCUGCUCCGGGAGCCACGUGGUGAGCGUGGACCAGGGCAGGAAGGUUGUGCUCUGGCGCUAGGACUACGCCCCCACAGCCUGGGCUGGAGAACAGCUUCCCUCCGCUUCACAGGGCUCCAGAGCCCACAGGAUGGGGUGGCUUCCAGAUUUAAUGGGGAAGAAGGCCCAGAAGGACUUGGCGUGUUUGUUUAAAAACAGUGUUCUUGUUUUAAAAAGUCUUUUUAAAAUA